CCCGCUCGCAUCCUCUCGGCGGGGCGAGCGCGACCAUUUUGCGGGGGGGAGCGGCGGGAGCGGGACCGGCACCGACACCGGGACCGCCACAGGGCUCAGGGAGCGACAGCGGGAUCGGCGCCGGGGCCGGCAUCGGGGAGCGGCACCGGGGGCGGCGGCGGCGCCUGACGGGGGAGCGGCGGCUCCGCAGGCGCGGCCUGAGGCGCUGGGCCCAGCGCUCCCGCUCGCUCCGGGCGGCCUCAGCGGCCCCGGCGGCCUCCGCGUCCCCGUUUGCUCCGCGCCCGGCCCCGCGCGGCCCGAAGCGCCGGGAGGAUGUCGCGGCCCGUCAGGAACAGGAAGGUGGUGGAUUACUCCCAGUUUCAGGAAUCAGAUGAUGCUGAUGAUGAUUAUGGAAGAGAUUCAGGUCCCCCAUCCAAGAAAAUCCGCUCGUCUCCCCGAGAGGCUAAAAACAAGAGGAGAUCUGGGAAGAAUUCUCAGGAGGACAGUGAGGAUUCAGAAGACAAAGAUGUGAAGACUAAGAAAGAUGAUUCACACUCAGCAGAUGAAGAUUUUGGCAGCGAAGACGAUGACGUAGGAGCCGACGAUGGCAAAGCCGACAGCGACUACGAGAGCUCUCAAAAAAGCAAAAAAGGAAAGAAAGCUAAACCAGACAAGAAUAAGAGAGCAGCCUCCAAAUCCAGGAAAAGGCCUGCAGAGGACAGCGAGGAUGAGAAGGAAGAUCACAAAAACGUUCGUCAGCAGCGGCAGGCGGCGUCCAAAGCAGCCUCCAAACAGCGGGAGAUGCUCAUGGAUGAUGUGGGGAGUGAGGAGGAGGAGCAGGAGGAUGAUGAGGCACAGUUCCAGGAGACAGAUUCAGGAAGUGAUGAAGACUUCCUCAUGGAAGAUGAUGAUGACAGUGACUAUGGCAGUUCAAAAAAGAAAAAUAAGAAGGUCUCCAAGAAAUCCAAGCCAGAGAGGAAAGAAAAGAAAAUGCCCAAGCCCAGGCUAAAGGCUACAGUGACCCCCAGCCCAGUGAAAGGCAAAGGGAAGGCAGGUCGCCCCACAGCUUCCAAGGCAACAAAAGAAAAGACCCCAUCCCCCAAAGAAGAGGAUGAAGAGCCUGAAAGUCCCCCAGAAAAGAAAAAAUCAGCCAGCCCUCCGCCAGAAAAGUCAGGGGAUGAGGGAUCUGAAGAUGAAGCACCCUCUGGUGAAGAUUAAAAUGGCAGUUGAGGAAAAUCUUUGUUUAAAAAAAAAAAAGAGGAAAAAAAAAAGAAAAAGGAAAAGAAAACAAUACUUAGGGGUAGAACACGGUUUUGGCUGUGGCUUGACUCAUGGGCUUUGAAUGCUGUCUUUACUUUCAGCUGUUUAAUACAGUGUAUUCUUUUUUAAUAAGAGGAAACCCUUCUACAGUAAUAUUUUGAAGUCAAUGUUCUCUGUUGGCCAUUCCGUUCUCCCUCCCCUGCCAAAUCUGAAAAGCCAUUUGAGACAAAUUAACAGACCAUUCAAUGUUUUAUUUUUUUUUCAAGGGAUACUGCAGUUGUGAAGCAAUAAGGUUUGAGACUGAUCUGUGGAAACCAUACUUACAAAUCCUUAAGUAGAAUAGAUUUUUCCCAGUGCUGGUAAGAGCUGUUUAAAACUAUUAUUCUGUAUUUGGAAUAUAUGG